AUUAAAUUGCAAAGGGGAGUGACGCAGUUAUUGUAGAUCAGAGGAUACUCCAUGCUUUUUUAUACAUGACGUGAAAUCGCAUUUUUAAAAAAAAUCAAAUCAAAUACAGAAUACGUCGAAAAAAAGAGGGUGCCCCGCCGCCAUCUGGACGCUGCAUGUCGGAUCUGAGCUCCCCUUGAAUCUAUUUGGAUGCCAUUCCCGCUGGAGGUUGCGGUACAGCCCGAGGACUGGAUGUUAUAACCGGGAACGGAAAACAUGCCGCAGCCAAAGUCACGAAAAAUCGCCAUCCUCGGGUACAGAUCCGUAGGAAAGUCUUCCUUGACAAUUCAGUUUGUGGAAGGCCAGUUUGUGGACUCCUAUGACCCAACAAUAGAAAACACAUUUACUAAAAUGAUCACAAUAAAUGGACAGGAGUACCACCUUCAGCUUGUUGACACAGCAGGGCAGGAUGAAUACUCCAUCUUUCCUCAGACAUACUCCAUAGAUAUCAACGGUUACAUCCUGGUCUAUUCUGUUACGUCUAAUAAAAGCUUUGAAGUUGUUCAAGUUAUCCAUGAAAAGCUGUUGGACAUGGUGGGGAAGGUUCAAGUUCCAAUUAUGCUUGUCGGAAACAAGAACGACCUACAUAUGGAACGAGUGAUCAGCUGUGAAGAGGGGAAAGCAUUAGCUGAGUCCUGGAACGCAGCCUUCAUGGAGUCCUCAGCCAAGGAGAACCAGACGGCCGUGGAGGUUUUCCGCAGGAUGAUCUUGGAGGCGGAGAAGAUGGAUGGAGUGCAGCCUGUAAAAAACCCCUGCUCCAUGAUGUAGAGCCGCCCAAUCAACACACAGGACACUGCACUGGGAAAUCCCGUUACUUGAAGGCUAGCCGCCAGUUCCCCUCCACCUCAGCUGAGUCUACGCCCCUUCCUCAACCAGGGUCCUAAAUACCCAAAAGUGUCUAUUUAUGGCUCUGAUUCCACUGUCAUUAUCAGUAUUCCCCAUCCCCCCUUUCUGUCAUCCUCGUUUUUCUUUGUGUGUGUGAUUAAAAAACAUGGAUGGGUGGUUAUUCUCUUGUCUUAAAUCUCGCUCAGGCCACCUUUCCAUAUCUGUGCUCAGCACUGAUGCAAAACCUGAAACAGUUGGUAUGGAUGUAUCAGAACAAAUAUUUGUAGCUAGGAACAGAAAUAGUAAGCUUGAUGCAUCUUAGCUUUUCCCCUGCACAGCUUCCAUAUAAGACCGCAGCCCCGUUUAAAUGACAAGAUAAAAGAAUUGUGGUGUUUGCUGCGUAUAUGAAAAGAGUCAGAUUAACAAAUCUUUAUUCUGAUAUAUUGCCAGCUGUGUGGGCCUCUCUGAUGUACACCUUUUCUACUUCAUCACCUCGCAGUUCCCACGUCCCUCAGUUAGUUUCCCAUUGGUUACUGUCAGCCAAAAUUAAAAUAAUAAUAAUAAAAUCUGCAUUCAUUUUCUAAUGUUGAAAAUGUUGUACAAAUGUUUUUGAUUGUAAUCAUUAAAGCAAAAAGUGGUUAUGUAA